AUGUCCAAGCUGAUACAAACAACGUCGAAAUUAAAACGAUUAUAUCAAGUUGAACUUGAAAAAUCGAAAGAGUUAUUGAAACAUUUAAGACGAUUUUUGGAAUUUUUAUCUAAAAUGAAAGAUGAUCUGUUAGAUGUCGAACGCAAAGUAAUAGAAAAAUCGAAACAAACUGGUGAAUAUAGUCGUUCAUAUGUAUCAAUUCUUCGAAUAUCAGGCACAAAAAUCAGAUUAAAAUUGUUAGAAAAAGAGAGAAAACAACUCGCGAACGAAAUAUGGUCAAACACGAAAACAAUAAAAGGUGCCAUUGAUCAAAUUGUUGCAAGAACAAACUGA